UGUUGGCCAGAUACAAAAAUUGUAGUCAUAAAGUUCUCUUUGCCAAGUCACUGCCCUGUCUCUCAAACUGCUUCCAGUGAAUGCUAACCACCUUCACCAUAGUUUGUCUGAUACCCUUAGUCAAGAUCAGGAUUGGCUAUGUUGAUACUUACACAUUCGCAUGAGAAUUCUGGUUCUGGUACCAGUUUGGUAAAGAAAUUAUUAAACCUGGCUGAUGCUUGAAGGUAGUUGGAUUAACAGGUAAGGUCACUUUCAAAAGAAAAAUCUGCCUUGAACCUUAGUGAUAUUCACUGUCUGAUGUCAUGAUCUGCUUUCCUAGGAAAGAAAAGAGACUUCUCUUCUAGCCAAGAUGAAAGAUACACAAGACAUUCAGGAAGCUCCAGAGGCAAUGCAGAAUAAAGUCGACAAGCAGGAAGAUAAGAUGGAGAAACAAGAGCAAAGAGAAGACAAACUUGGAGAUCCCCCAGUACAUUCUUCAGUACAUUUUCAAAAACGAAAGAUAACGGGUUCAGUUGCCACAACACUGUCAUUGUCAUCUUCAUUAUCCAGUGGAAUAACUCUUGGCUACAAUCUAUCUAGUCCUCGGAUUAGUGGAAUAACUAUAUCAACAACUGGACAAUUGGCUUCUAAAGCUACUGGAGGUAAUGGUUCCCAAGAGGAAGACAGCUCGGAUGCCUUCAUUGUUCCAAAGAAACAUGAUGAAUCAUCCAUAAUUGGGGAUGGAGAAGAUUAUUUUCUUUCUUUGUUUGGUGAUUCAAAAAAACGUAUAGCACACUCAAGCUACACUGAGAAAACUUUCAAAUACUUUUCUAUGAUUCUUGAAGAAGUUGGCCAAUUUACCUCCAGUUCUCUUGGAGAUGUUAAAAUAGCUGAAGUGAAUGUCAAGGGUUUGUUCAUAAAGCUCGUUAACUCUUCCCUUGACAAAGAAAUGGCAAUUGGAGAUCAUAUUCUCCGGCAAAAUGUGAAUGGACAAACAAUUUCUUUGUACCAAUUCCUUCCAAAUAUCAUAAUGCAGGCCAAUUCCACAGUAACCGUAUGGGCAGCAGCAUCUGAAGCAAAGCAUCAACCUCCAUCAGAUUUUCUUUGGAAAGAACAAGACAAGUUUAGAGCAAGUCCUGAUUGUAUAACAAUCCUGUGUGAACCGAAUGGCCAGGCUGUUGCCUGGUACACUCCUAUCCACUGGAAGCAAGCAUGGGAGAAAUUAGAGACUGACACUGAAUAUAACAGAUGUUCAGUAGUAUCUUCAACAUUCCAAAGGCACAAGUUUCAGUGGACAGCAUCUACAACUACAAUAACUAAAGAAAAAGAAGAUCAACCUAAGAACGACAUUUCAAAUUAUCAGGUGGAACAAGCUGAAGUUUUUCUUAAGAGAGAGAAGGAAAUCCCACCAACCGUUUUCCCCAAUCGCAGCCCUUGGUGCCAGAAUCCCUAUGUCUCUGCACAUCCAUACUGUCCUCUGAUUGAACCACACAAUACAUGCAUCACUGGAGGCAGCUUGGGUAGACAGCCCAGGUCUCGGUCAACCAGACCUAAUCGAGCCCCAGGAACUAAGAAAAAGAAGACAUCUGAGUCAUAAAAGCGAUAGGCAGUCAACUCAACCUUUAAAGGACAAUAACAUCCAAGUCUAGAGAAAGUGAAGAUGCCUAGCAUGUUGCAACCAAACUUCAUCACACAGGAGAGGAACCCAGAAGCAAGCAAGCAAGAAAAUGGUUUCUUUUAGAAAAAAAAAAUUCCUUAGGACUUUACUGUCACCAUUUCUGAAAGAAAAAGGUAGAGUUAGUGGACAAGUUAAAGUAUUUGUUUUCUAAGCAGUUGAGAAGAAAAACACUGGUCAAAA